AUGUCAGCAACUACAGAUAAGGUAUACGACCGCUGGCUCAAGGAUGCCGAGCCCUGGCUCCAAGAAGACGACUGGAAUUCGGACGAAUACUUCAAAUGGGUCGAAAGACUAGCCCAAGCAAAGGCCACCCUUGACGAGAGGUAUAUCGAAGUUGAUAAAAACGUCCUUCAAAAGGUGUACAGCAAAGCUGCAUCGCAUGAGAAGACCGUCCUUCAGAACCGACCCAACGGUGACUUUGGUAGAGUCAAAUCCUGGGAUGUAGCCUACCUUAUCAUGCGUCAGAUUAUCGCCUACCACUUCUUCAAUCGUGCAACGUUUGAAGAAAUCCCUGAGAAGAGUCUUGUGAAGCGCGUGCAGGUUCAUUUGGUAAAGAUGAACAUCCCCAUGCUGGACACGGAUAUCGCACAAAUGCUUCAGGCUGCUGCAGACAAGGUCCCACUCCAGCAAGCCAUCGAGAGGGCACUUCGCAACUACAUACAGAAAAUCAGAAAGAGCGAGCCUGUCUCUACUGCCUACAACAGAAAGAGCCUCGGUUGGGAUAACCCUCUUUUUAUCAAGAAGCUUCAGCAGACCAGGGUGAACGGGGGCCCUGCCGAUCGUUCUAAGAUCCCGCAAUUCUUCAAGGAAGUCAACGAGGACAGAGUUGCAAGGGAAUAUAAGCCAUUCGAAGACGAUGUACUGAAGAAUAUUGAGGCUGCUUUCAACACAGAUGAGAAGAUGGCGUUAUUUAUGGAGAGAUGUGCGGAGCCGUUUGUUGAGAACGAAAGUUCAGAUAGACAUGCUGCAACGGCCAUUGAGUACGUUCUUGACUCUCCGGACUUCAAAUGGUUGAUGGACUACGCGGCAGCGGCAGAAAAGGAGAAUCUGUCUUGGGAGGCUACUAUUGGACCAGCUGUCAAGGCCCUGAAGAGACUUGGAAGGACCAGUGCUGGCAAGGAUUUUGACAAGCUGGCUGCCUAUGCUAAGGCACACCAGAAGCCUCAGACGGUUUAA